CCCGGGGUGGGGCCACCGCGGGGUGAGAUGGAGCGCGGCCCGGCGGAGGAGACCCCCCCCAUGGAGCCGGGCCGCCCGGGCCGCCAGCGAGCCCCCGAUUUCAUCCGACGCCAGAAGCGACGGGAGCUGGACGCCCGCCGCAGCAAGUGCCGCAUCCGCAUCGGGGGGCACCUGGAGCGCUGGUGUCGCCUCAAGGAGCAGCUCGGCUUCGCCCUGCACUCCCAGCUGGCCCAGUUCCUCCUCGACAGGUACAGCUCCCACGGCUGCGUCUGGAGCCCGGGCGAACCGGAGCCCAACCUUCUCCACGCCGACGCCCUGCAGCGCCUCGUCGUCCUGUCCCACGGUCACGGCCAGGAGUGCGGUUUUGUCCCCGACGUGAAGCCGCCGGCCGCGGGCGGCGCGUCCCAACUGGUGUGGGAGUGCGUGGCCGGGCACAGCUUCUCCUGGGGUGUCCCCAGGGCGGCGGGGGACCGUCCCCCCGCCACCGGCCACCGUGGAGAGGAACAACGGGGGGACUCGGGGUGCAGCUCCCCGCCGGUCGCCGGCCGCCGGCGCUCACUCCGGCGAGCAGGGCUGGCCGCCCACUCCGGGAAGGGCGAAGCGGAACCGGAGGGAGCAGCUCGGUCACCCGUGGGUGCUGGGGAGCGGAGGGAAGAGCCGGGAGCUGGUGGUGAUGAUGGCAACGCAGCUCCCCAAGUGCCAACGGAGAUGGAGACCACGGCAAAAGAUCACGGGAGCGGACUCUUCCCAGAGGAGAAAGCGGAGCAGGGGGCUGAGCCCCAAGAAGAAGAGGAGGAAGAGGAAGACGAGGACUUUGCCGAGGACGAUGACCUUGCCUACACCGAUGACCUGCGUGAUGAGAACUACCACCCAUCUCUGGACAGUGACUCUGAGCCGCAGCGACAACAAAGCCAGACCAAAACCCGUAAGAAACCCGUAAAGGAGGAGCAGCCCCCAACUGAACCGAACCUGACCAGCUCCAGCCCAUCAGAGGAGAAGAGUGGACGAGCCAGCUGCAAGAGGCGAGCGCGGCCGUGCGACGAGGACGUGGCGCAGAUCGGCCCGAAGAGGAUCAGGAAGGCGGCGAAGCGCGAGAUCCUCCUCUGCGACUUCGAAGGCUGCGGCAAGAUCUUCUCCAACCGCCAGUACCUGAACCACCACAAGAAGUACCAGCACGUCCACCAGAAGACCUUCACCUGCUCAGAACCCAGCUGCGGCAAGUCCUUCAACUUCAAGAAGCACCUCAAGGAGCACGAGAAACUGCACAGCGAUCUACUCCAUCAUCAUCUCCGUUUCUGUGCUGGGAAAGCAUCCUGCCUCCUUAAAUUCACCCUGAAAGCAUCCCGACUGCUCUUCCAGGCUGGAUCAAGCCUUAAUCCUUUUUUUUUUUUUUCUUUUGAUUUUUUUUUUUUUUUUUUUUUUUUUUUUCUCCCUUCUGCCCCCACAGACAAGCGGGACUAUAUCUGCGAGUUCUGCGCCCGUUCCUUCCGUACCAGCAGCAACUUGAUCAUCCACAGGCGCAUCCACACAGGAGAAAAACCCCUGCAGUGCGAGAUCUGCGGCUUCACCUGCCGCCAGAAAGCCUCCCUGAACUGGCACAUGAAGAAACACGACGCCGACUCCUUCUACCAGUUCUCCUGCGACAUCUGCGGCAAGAAGUUCGAGAAGAAGGACAACGUCACCGCCCACAAAAGCAAAAGUCACCCCGAAGUGCCCGGCGGCCCCCCUCCAAGCGAGGGGGCCCAGCGGCAGACGGUGCCAUCCCCGGCGCCCGAUUUCGGGGCGAGGCUGGAGCACCCGGAGGCGCCCGGAGCGUUGGCCGGGGAGCCGCGGGAGCUUGGGGACACCCCGGUGAGGGGUGGGGAAGCGGAGAAGAGCUCGGCCGAAUCUCAGGGGGGUAUCGGGCAGGAUCCAGGAGCGCCCCAAGGCCGGGUGACGGACGGCCUUGGCUCGUAGCAGGACUCAUCCUCCAAUUUUUGGACAAAAGAAGGACCGGGCGGCGGGACGGGGGCAAAGCGAAACGCCGCCGGGGCCCCGCGGCGCCUGGCAGCGGCGCGCCCAGCUGCCCAAACCCACACGAAACGGGGCAAGGACCCCGGCGCUUCCCGACGGAAAUCCCAGCUUUUCCACCCAAACCCAGGCUUCCCUCGGCCUCGCCGCGGCGCAAGGAGGUAGCGCGGGUUUGCGAAAGGCGGCGGCAGGCUCCUCAAUAAAGACUUAUUUUGUGUAAAAGCGGGGCUGCCCGCUCGCGCCGCCCACCUGGGCGCCGAGUCUCUGUGGGGAAAAAAAAAAACAGAGGGAGAAAAGGGAGAUUUCCGCGCGCGGCCUGGCGCCACGCCCCGUCCGAAGGUUGUAUUUAGCACAAUAAAAACAACAACA